CCCCUUUCUCGUGCCUGCCCGCCUGCCUCCUUUUUACUGGAGGAGCGGGAUAGGAGGGGCGGGGUUAAGGAUGCCACCGCCUUUGUCAUCCGGGUGUGAGUGCGUUUGCCGCCUAAGCGAGAAGUCUGCGCUUUCUUUUCUGCUGUAGCGGUCGGGCGGCUCUGUCUUCUCUUUCCGCUUGGUGUUGGCGAGGACCAGCCAUGCCACCCCCGAGCCAGAUCCGGCUCCCGGACUGGGACGCGUUGAAGCUCCGCGUGCGGAGCCUGAUUAGCUCUCACCGGGUGAUGAUCUUUAGCAAGAGCUACUGCCCCUUCUGCAAGAGGGUGAAAGAUUUAUUUCAAUCUUUGGGAGUAGAGUAUAGUGUCCUGGAACUUGACAAGAUUGAUGAGGGACCCAGCAUUCAGGAAGUAUUGCUAGAAUUGACAGGCCAGAGGACUGUUCCUAAUGUAUUUGUAAAUGGAACUCAUGUGGGUGGAUGUGAUCAAACUUUCCAGGCUUACCAUAGUGGCUUACUGCAGAAGCUUUUAGGGGAUGGCAAAGGUGAAGAGAUGGAAACCUAUGAUUAUGACCUAAUCAUUAUUGGUGGUGGUUCUGGUGGACUCGCAUGUUCCAAGGAAGCUGCCACCUUAGGAAAGAAGGUCAUGGUGCUAGACUACGUUGUACCAACGCCACUUGGUACUACAUGGGGACUUGGUGGCACUUGUGUAAACGUUGGUUGCAUUCCUAAGAAGCUGAUGCAUCAAGCAGCCCUUUUAGGUCAGGCGUUACAAGAUUCAAGGAAGUUUGGAUGGGAGUAUGAUCAACAAGUUAAACACAACUGGGACACCAUGGUAGAAGCAAUUCAAAAUUAUAUAGGAUCGUUGAACUGGGGAUAUCGGGUGGCCUUGCGUGACAAGACUGUGACAUACCUCAAUGCCUAUGGAGAGUUUAUUGGGCCACACAAGAUUAAGGCAACCAACAGAAAAGGACAAGAAACUUUAUAUACAGCUCAAACGUUUGUUAUAGCCACAGGAGAAAGACCUCGAUAUCUAGGUAUCCCAGGAGACAAAGAAUACUGUAUUACAAGCGAUGACCUUUUCUCCCUGCCCUAUUGCCCUGGAAAGACUCUGGUUGUGGGAGCUUCUUAUGUAGCUUUGGAAUGUGCAGGAUUUCUUGCUGGCCUUGGUUUGGAUGUCACAGUUAUGGUACGCUCUAUCCUCCUUCGUGGCUUUGAUCAAGAAAUGGCAGAGAGAGCAGGAGCCUAUAUGGAAAUGCAUGGUGUAAAAUUCAUCAAGAAAUUUGUUCCUAUUGAGGUUAUAAAGUUGGAGGAAGGCAUGCCUGGAAAACUCAAAGUGGUUGCAAAAUCCACUGAAGGAAUACAGAUUAUUGAAGGAGAAUAUAAUACUGUUUUGAUUGCUGUUGGUCGUGAUGCUUGUACCAGAAAUAUUGGCUUGGACAAAAUUGGUGUGCAAGUUAAUGAAAAGAAUGGGAAAAUACCUGUAAAUGACGAAGAACAAACCAAUGUGCCUUAUGUCUAUGGUAUUGGAGACAUUUUGGAAGGAAAGCUGGAACUGACGCCAGUUGCCAUACAAGCAGGCAGGCUGUUAGCUCGCAGACUUUUUGGAGGGAGUUCUGUAAAGUGUGACUACAUCAAUGUACCAACUACUGUGUUUACACCUCUGGAAUAUGGCUGUUGUGGGUUAUCGGAAGAAAGAGCUGUUGAACAACUUGGACAGGAAAACAUUGAGGUAUAUCACACACUGUUCUGGCCACUUGAAUGGACGAUACCCAAUAGAGACAACAACACUUGCUAUGCAAAAGUAAUCUGCAAUAAGCUUGCCAAUAACCGUGUGAUAGGAUUUCAUGUUCUCGGACCUAAUGCUGGAGAAAUAACCCAAGGUUUCGGAGCAGCAAUAAAAUGUGGUCUCACAAAGGAAUUACUUGAUGAAACCAUUGGUAUACAUCCAACUUGUGCAGAGGUGUUCACUACAAUGGAAAUUACAAAGGCUUCAGGGCAAGAUAUCACUCAGAGUGGCUGCUGAGGUUAAACCCUGCUGUUUUAAACUGUUUCCUGUUGGUCCCACUUACCUAUCUUGAAGGUUUUAGGAAGCAUUUGGAUACACGCAGGUAAAUGAGUAUCUGAUUGCUCUAUUCUGCUACUGCAUAGGAUGCUUUUCUGAAACUUCAAUGCCAGGGAGUGGUGCCAGCAGGAAAUGGUAAAACAGCAGGGGAUAAACUUAAUCCUGACUUGCUUAGAAAUGACACUCUAGUGUAUUUUUGAAGUUUUGACUCUGAACCCCAUCUGGAGGCGAGCCAUGACUGAUGACUUCUAUGCAGAGUUGGGAAAACCUGUUCAUCCAUUCAAACAGAUUCCUUCUGGAGGAACUUCUGAAUCGCACAAGUGAAGUUUAAUUUUCUUAGUUUCAGUGCUUUUGUACAAAUGCAUAAGGCACGGUGAAUGUAUAGUUAAUAACUUUUGCUAGCAACCCCUCUUGACCUAGUUGGGUCACUAGUGCAUUUUGUUAAUUGUUAACAUGAAUGGUGAGAUUUGUUUGCAAUGUUUAUAAAUAUCCCUGUUUUACAAAGUCAGAAAUUGGAGAACAUGUUUACAAAGUUAAUGCAUUAUGUCCCCAUAUCCAUCAGUUCACAGGACACAUAAUGGUGUGAAUUAAUUUUUAAUCCAUAACUACUUGGUUGCCAGAGAAAGUAGAGUCCUCCCAAGGCACAAAAUUAUCACCCUUACAAUUUUUGCGGAGUAUCUCUGAUUUUUUCUUAGUAUCUUUUAUCACCCCAGAUUUCCUCCCCACAUUUAACUACUCAAAAAAAAAAAAUAUUCCCAAGUGAAGUUGAAAUCUGUUCAUGGUAAUCUUAAUAUCUUUCCUAUUUAUGCAAUAGUGCAGCGAAGGUGGAUGGUAUCUGGUUCGUCAGAGGAAGAAAAAAAAGGGGGGGGAACCCCAAGACGCCAAAAGUGUAUUUAUGAAAAUAAUUCCAAAGCAGUUUAGAACCUACAGGCAAUUGAAUGUAAGGAUUUAAUAUCAAGCUUGCGGCCAAAAAAAGCACUCAGAUACUUUCCUUUUAGAAAGAACCUUUAGCUAUACUGUUUGAAAUCUCUUCAGCAAAAGUUACUUUCCAUCUUCGGUAUGUGAGUACAAUGAUUGGUGUUUGUUCCUAUGCUAUGUGAUAAUGAAUUGUAUGUCCCAAACUAAUAAGAUUUUAAUACUGAUUACAUGUUUGUAUGUUUCAACUUUCAGCCCCUGACGAAGGCCAAAAUAUAAGGUGGCUGAAACGUGUUGGGCUUGUCUUUUUGAUAAACUGCUUUGGAAUUAUUUUCAUAAAUACACUUUUGGCGUCUUGGGGUUCCCCCCCCCCUUUCCUCUAUUUAUGCAAUAACCAAAUUGUUUCAGCCGUAAAAUAGGAUGCAUUUGGUCUGGAUUACUUAUAUGCAAGUACUUAGCUUGAACUGUGUCAUAGCAGCGAACACUAGUUUAUUGCGCUUUAUAACAUUUCCAGUACAAUAAAACAAUGAGCCCUCUUUCCAUUCCCUAGUUACUUUGAGGAACUUAUGCUUCGGUUUAGUUAAUUUUGUCAAAAAAGUGUGUUUUGAAAUAUAUUAUUUCAAGAGCUGUAUCAUAUGAACAGUUUUUAAAAAACUAUUUAUGGUGUAUCAUGAAUUUAAAGUUCAAUAAAUGAGUAAUGACA